AUGACAGUUGGUGGAGGGGAGAAGGAAGAAACGGGGAAGAAGAAAAUGGAUGAUGAUGAUGAUAGCGGAGCUUGGAGCAGCGAUAAUAAGUGGGAUACCCCUCCUCUUCCUAAGGUUCAAGUGGGCGGUUCCCCUUUGUAUAAAGUAGGAAGAAAACUGGGGAAGGGUGGAUAUGGACAAGUAUAUGUUGGUCGCCGUGUUAGUGGUGAAAAUAUGAAUGAGAGAACUGGACCUGAAGCUGUGGAGGUCGCAUUGAAAUUUGAGCAUAGGGGACCACCAGACGAGUGGCGAGUGUACGACACCGUAGGUGGCAGCCAUGGUGUGCCAAGAGUACACUACAAGGGUGAGCAAGGUGGCUAUUAUAUCAUGGUUAUGGAUAUGCUGGGACCUAGCUUGUAUGAUGUGUGGAAGAAGUCUCAUAUAAUGUCCAUUCAAACGGUUGCAUGCAUUGCCAUUGAAGCAAUAUCCAUACUUGAGAAGAUGCACUCUCGAGGGUAUGUGCAUGGUGAUGUGAAGCCUGAAAAUUUUCUGCUUGGUUCUCCAGGGACCCCGGAUGAGAAGAGAUUGUUUCUUGCUGAUCUUGGAUUAGCAUCUAGAUGGUGGGAUGAAUUAACAGGUUCACAUCUGGAGUAUGACCAAAGGCCAUAUGAAUUUAGGGGCACAGCCCGCUAUGCAAGUGUGCAUGCACAUUUAGGGAGAACUCCUAGCAGGAGGGAUGAUCUGGAAUCCCUUGCUUAUACAUUGAUUUUCCUUCUUCGAGGUCGUCUUCCUUGGCAGGGAUACAGGGAGCAGGGAGAAAACAAACAUUUUUUGGUUUGCAAGAAGAAGAUGGAAACUACUCCAGAGUUCUUAUGUGGCUUCUUCCCCCAGCCUUUUAGGCUUUUUCUUGAACAUGUAGUAAAUCUGAAGUUUGACGAAGAUCCUGACUACGCAAAAUAUAUUUCUCUGUUUGAUGGGAUUGUUGGUCCAAUAAAUCCAGAUAUCAGACCCAUCAAUACAGAAGGUGCACAAAAGCUCAUUAUUGGUCACAAGAGAGGUCAGUUGGCCACGGAAGAAGGGAACGAUGAACAACCAAAAAAGAAGUUGCGAAUGGGUCUACCAGCAACACAAUGGAUAAGUAUAUAUGAUGCUCGCAGACCAAUGAAACAGAGAUAUCACUACAACGUGUCAGAUGCAAGAAUUUCCCAGCUUAUCGGAAAGGGAAAUGAGGAUGGCUUAUAUAUAAGUAGUGUGGCUUCAUGUUCGAACCUGUGGGCAAUAAUCAUGGAUACAGGCACUGGUUUCAAAAAACAAGUUUAUGAACUCUCUCCUUACUUUCUUGAUAAGGAAUGGAUAAUGGAACAGUGGGAAAAAAAUUACUUAAUCAGUGCAGUUGCUGGAGCCAAGAACGGGAGCUCAAUAGUAGUCAUGUCUAAAGGCGCACCAUAUAUACUACAAUCUUUCAAAGUUAGCAAUUCAUUUCCUUUCAAGUGGAUUAAGACAAAGUGGGGGGAAGGCUUCCAUGUUACUGCAAUGGCUACCUCAGGGGUCAGAUGGGCUGUGGUUAUGUCACGCGGUACAGGAUUUCGCCACCAGGUGGUUGAACUGGAUUUUCGUUAUCCCGGUGAAGGGAUUCGCAGGCGAUGGGAUCACGGAUACCGCAUAACAGCAGCCGCUGCAACUUCUGACCAGGCUGCUUUUGUGCUCAGUAAGCCAUGGAGGAAGCAUGCAGAUGAAACACAGGAAACCUUGAGGACUGCCCUUUUUCCUACCAUGCAUGUGAAGGACAAAUGGGCAAGCAACCUUUAUAUUUCAUCAGUUUGCUAUGGGCGAACUGUCUCUCGAUGACCAACCUUACAUGUUUGGAUUAGAGGAAAAAUAGGAAAGAAGGAAUACUUGGAUUUUGUUAGUUUUCCUUCCUAAUAUUUCCUCCUA